CAUGUAAACAAACCAACGAGAUGUCGCUGAAGCUGAAUUAAGAUCUUGCAAAAAAUACAGAUGCAACUGAAUUUCUUAAUUAACCUAAAAGAACAAGACACUAACCCUAAUCUCUCAGAUGGUAUGCGAGGACUAACUCAAAUCUCCCAGGCGGAUGCUAGACUAACCCAUGUGCGAGGACUAACCCUAAUCUCUCGGAUGGAUGCGAGACUAACCCUAAUCAGUUGAAAACUUAUGGAAGGACUAACCCUAAUCUUUCAGAGUGAUGUUAUAUUGGUUCUAGGAAACCAUGACUUACGAACAGUUGAACAUGCUGCCAUGUUGUGGCGUCAAGGAAUGGCACCAUGGAUUCUCUUCUCAGGAAAGGAAGGUGCAAAUACUAGAGGGAAAUGGAAAAAAUCUGAAGCUGAGAUAUUUAAAGAUAGGGCCAUAUCUCUAGGUGUCAACAAAAAUAAAAUUCUGUUGGAACCCAAAGCUACUAAUACAGGUGAAAAUGUAAGCUUUUCAUACAAUAUCCUGAAACAAAGAAACUUAUUACCAAAAAAAAAAGAUACUUUUGGUGCAGAUGCCAUACAUGGAAAGAAGAGUUUAUGCCACAUUCAUGAAACUAUGGCCAGGCUUCAGAGAAACUCCUGAUUUGCAAGUUUUGGUGACUUCACCGCCAAUUCCAAUGCUCAGUUACCCCAAUACAGAAGUGGGAUCACUGCGUGAUGUUAUUAGUGCUCUGAUGGGAUGUCUACAUAGAAUACAGAUUUAUCCACAAAAAGGUUUUCAGAUUCCACAGACUAUCCCAGAUACUGUUCUACAGAGCUACAAAAAGUUACGCAACACAAAUAUGUAUAAUGACCAAAUUAAUUUUUAAUCAUAGAUUAUUAUGCUUGUAGUGUUCCUCAGUUUGUUAGAAUUGUGUUUGAUGCACAUAAACACGCCCAGUGCUUGGACUGUAAAAUAUACAUUCCACUUUUAAAUGCUCAUCAAAUAAAA